CAGUUACAGAGUGUGUCAGUUCUGACUGCAUUUCAAGUGCUCAGCCACUCGAGUAUUGGACAACACACUGAAAAUAAAGUGGAUCUUCCAGUGAUUGGUAUGAAUUGUGGACUGCAGAUCUUUUGUGGAGAAAUAAACUGUGCAGAAAUAAAUAUCGCCAAUAUAUGAAGAUUAGGAAAAUGCUCUUCGUAUUGUCAUGAAUCUGUGAAAUUAUGUGAAUAGAGACAAUUUUUCAAAAUAAUGGGAGAAAGAGCAAGAAGUGCCGACAGUGACCAAGACAGUGAUGCAGGCAGACACCACUCCCGCUACUACUCAUCAGACUUGGGGGCAGCACCGCAGUCCUCUGGCCAGUCGUCGCCAGGCAGCCCUUCACCUGAGAAUAUCAGGGGGAAAAAUCCUAAAGUAGAAGUGUCAAACAACCAAGUGCAUCACCAGGCCCCUAGGAAACCAAGCCCUAAGGGUGCACCCAACAAAAAGGGAGCCCGAGUGGGAUUUCGUUCCCAAAGCCUCAACCGAGAGCCACUUUGGAAAGAUCCUGAUCUUGUGACAAAACGGAUUCUUUCUGCAAGAUUGCUAAAAAUCAAUGCAUUACAGAACGAAGUAUCUGAACUCCAGGUCAAGUUAGCUGACCUGCUGAAAGAAAAUAAGGCUUUGAAGAGGGUUCAGUACAGACAGGAGAAAGUCCUGCAUAAGUUUGGAGAUGCAGAAAAUGAAAUCUCACAACUUAUAGUUCGUCAUAACAAUGAGAUUACAGCCCUCAAAGAACGCUUAAGGAAAUCUCAAGAGAAAGAACGUGCAACUGAGAAAAGGGUGAAAGAUACAGAAAGUGAAUUAUUUAGGACAAAAUUUUCCUUACAGAAACUGAAGAAGAUCUCUGAAGCUAGACACCUACCUGAAAGAGAUGAUUUGGCAAAGAAACUAGUCUCAGCAGAGUCGAAGUUAGAUGACACUGAAAGAAGAAUCAAGGAACUCUCAAAAAACCUUGAGCUGAGUACUAACAGUUUCCAACGGCAGUUGCUUGCUGAAAGGAAAAGAGCCUUUGAGGCUCAUGAUGAGAAUAAAGUUCUUCAAGAAGAGCUACAGCAGCUGUAUCACAAACUAAAGGAAAAAGAGAGAGAACUGGAUAUAAAAAACAUAUAUUCUAACCGUAUGCCAAAGUCCUCUCCAAAGAAAGAAGAAAAAAAUUCAUCAAGAAAAAAUGCUGCGUGCCAGAGUGACCUGACAGACCUGUGUACCAAAGGAGUCCAAACCAUUGAAGAGUCUGAACCGGAAGAACUCCUGGUAACACCGGAAACAACUCUGUGUUAUGAAAACAAGUGGGAAGAACCAGAACACCUUACUUCGGACCCAGAAUCCCAAGAGCAAGAUGAGCACAAAGAAGCACGGAUUCCAAGCCCAAUUGUGGAAAAAGAAGAAGAACGCUUUAAAGAUGAAGGACUGCAUUUUGUAAAACAAGGGGUUGAGAAGCUAGAGGAUGAAUGGGAAAGAGAAGAACUUGAUAAAAAGCAAAAAGAAAAGACAUCUUUACUUGAGAGAGAAGAAAAGCCAGAAUUGGAAACUGGAAGGUAUGAAAUGGGAAUGUAUCAAAUUCAAAAUAUUGAUAAGUUAAAAGAAGAAGAAGAAAGACUCAAGACAGCAGUGCUGCUCGCUAAACUGAAUGAGAUCGACAGAGAGUGCCAAGAUCCCCGGAAUCUCAAAUACCCUCCUUUGCCAUUAAUACCUGAUUUGGAAUCAAAACUGCACUCGGAGAAAAGCCCCAAAACUCACAUAUUCUCUGAAUCCUCAGAGAAAUUUUCUAAUGGACAUCAUUUGGGAGACAUAAGUUUUUUACUUCCAAAGGGAGAAGGCCAGAAUCCAGGAAAUACUAGAGGCCCAGCCUCUCCAAAUGAGUUUUCCUUCGGUAGCUAUGUGCCUUCAUUUGCAAAAACAUCAGGUAAAUCAAAUCCACUUAGGCAAAAAAGUGGCCUUUGUGAUUUUCCCAAAACCAGUGUGGACACUCUUAGUAAAGACACUAUAGAUUUAACUGCAAGAAAAGAGAAAAAAGCCAACCUGAUGGAACAGCUGUUUGGUACCAGUGGCAACAAUACCAUUUCCUCUAAAAGCAGUGACCCAAAUUCUCUGGCUGCCAGCAAAGAAGACUUUGAUCCUCUAAAUUUUCUCCCUAGUGAUAAGGGUAAAAGCAGUAGAGAUAGGGAACGUGAUGAAGAUGAAGACUUUUUCCUUGGUGAAGGAAGAAGUUUUAAUCCAAAUAAGCAGCGAUUAAAACAUGCCAACAGCAAAACAGCAGUAAAAGCAGUUGAUUCUGUAGAAGAGGACAUUGAAGAAGUGGCACUGAGAUGACUGACUAGAGUUUACAUUUUUCUCUGAUUGUAAAUAUUAAAAUUUUAAUAUAAUAUUAAAAUUUAGAUUUUUUAAUGUUAAAAAGUCCUUAUUAAAGAAUGAUUUUUAGUAGUUCAAUUAAAAAGAAACAGCACAUCCACACUAUAUAGCUAGUUUGCUAAGAAUGAAGCAGGCUUUUUUUUUAAUGAAACUUAAUAUAAAGAUAUAUUAGUCAGUUUUCCUGUUGCUGGGAUGCAGUACCCAACACCCACAGCCUAUAGGAGGAGGAGAAGGUUUAAAUUGGCUCAUGGCUCACAGUUCAGGGGAUUCAGUCCAUGGUCAGAUAGCUCCCCAGUAGAGACAUCAAGGUAGAAGGGUGAGGUGGAGUAAAGCUGCUUAAUUCACGGCAGCCAGUGAGCAGAACAGGGAAACAGCUCCAGAGGGAGGGUGAGGGAAUCAGAUACAGACCCCAAUGUCACACUUCCAUGACCCAGCCAAACACUGCAGAGUUGGACUCACCAAUGCCCUGGGUGGUUGCCAAGCCAGUCAAAUUUAAUCACUGCAGAGAUGUCUUUUACUUCGUUUUGACCUUUUAGUUACUAAUACUUUUUACCUGUUAUGGGAGGCUUUACUUCACUGGAAGUCACAUUUAUUUCCUACUUUUAUCCGUAUUUGGAAAUUUUAAUAUGUACUUUUAAGAUUUGAAUUUUCCCUCACACUAAAGAAACAAUAGGGUAAUACUGUUGGACUUACAGGACUUAUUCUAAAGCAACUUUGGAUAAAAGAUUUUUAGAAUGGAACUUCUGCCUUGCUGAAUAGAGUAUGUAGAUUUCUGUUGAAACACAUUGGUUUUCUUUUAGAUGUCUCUAGUUCACCUCAGGUGCAAGGAGUAGGUUGGGUGUGCUUAUUCUUUGAGAAUCAGUAAUACACCACCAGCCAAGGGGAAAACACUGUUAAAAUGAAGAGUGGAGGAAAUUGUAUAUCUAGAAGAAUAAAAACUUUAUAGAGAGGCACUUAUUCUAAUCUUAGUGGUGUUUUUCAAGAAUGCAGUAUAUAUUUGUUCAUUGUAUCAUUUCUGAUGCCAUGCAUACAUACUGAUGAGUCCUUAUAAAAACUUACUCAUGAAUAUCAUUUCAUGACCGAUAAGACUUACUUGGCUGGGUCUUUUAAAAAUGUACCAUCUAUCAUCAUCUAAAUUGUGUUACUUGUUAUUGGAUAUAAUCUUCCAAAAGUGCUAAUUUGUAUUAAUUUUUUAAAGAGAUUUUUGUAUAUGAUAUUUAUUAUGUUACAAGUCAUUCUAAUAUAUAUCAAAUGUUUGUACUGCAAAUAGUCUAUAAAAUAUAUAAUGCUUCAUUUAGUCUGCUAAUUUUUGGUCAGAACUAUUCUGUUUUAAGUUUUAUUUUCAAUGCUUUAAUAAAACUUUAUAGAAAAGUUUUUUAUUCAGGAUAUUUUAAUUAGUCUCAGUUUUUUCCUACCUGAUAAAGUGUCUUUAUGCAGAUGCAACAGACAGAAUUAUUAAAAGCUAAAAUUAAGUUAUAGGGUAAAAGCAUUAUGAUGUUAUUAAAAUUGGAGAUUUACAUGUGCAGAACAGGUUUUUUUAUGAACAGACCUUAGUGAAUCAUUUUUUCCAAAGUCAAUUUAAAUUUAUUUGUAUUCAGAACUUAUUAAUAAAAAUUUUAAAACCUUAUGACUAUUUGAAUGAUACCUGGAUUUCUUUAAAAAAUGUAGUGGAUCUGCAGGAUAAAUUUUUAUUUAAUUACUCACCUUUUUUAUAGCUGGUAUUCGUAGUUGAAUUAAAUGAAUUUGCCCUCAGUCAGGUUAGACAGUGUGCUAAUCUUAUCAGAUAAUUACAGUUUUAAUUAAUCUUUUCAUUCUCAGGAGCAUCUGUCAUAAUGGUACAUAUUGCUUAUAAUAAAAAACAAGGCUGAGAAAGAUUAAAAUGAGCCACAAACACAAACCUAUUGUGUGAUUCACUGAUUUUCUGAUCACCCUCUUCAUCUCAUUUUCAGCCACACGUCCUACGCUCUGGUGUCCCCUCUGGUAUAUCACCCCACCCCCACUGCCUGCUGGCUGGGAGCUGGGUGGAGAAUGCAAAUCUGCCUGAUGAAAAGGGAAAGGGAAAUUUGUAUCCUAGUGACAGUAUGAAUUUUUAGGAUUAAAGGAGGUACUAUAAAUUGUCAAUGAGGAACACUUUUAAAAGCAUUUUUUCCCCUACUACACAGUACCUACCCUUCUCAAAAUAAAGUUCUCUAUUAUGCAGUUUGAAA